AUGGGACAGAAAAACAAUGUCACAGAAUUUGUUCUCCUGGGACUUACUCAGGAUCCUGCUUGGCAAAAGGCAUUAUUUGUUAUGUUUUUACUCAUCUACGUUGUAACCAUGGUUGGGAACUUGCUAAUUGUGGAGACAGUUAUUGCCAGCCCCUCAUUGAACUCUCCAAUGUACUUCUUCCUUGCCUAUUUGUCACUCAUGGAUGCUGUUUAUUCCACUUCCAUGUCACCCAAGUUGAUUAUGGACUUACUCCGUGAUAAAAAGACCAUUUCCUUCACAGCUUGUAUGGGACAGCUCUUUAUAGAACACUUAUUUGGUGGUGCUGAAGUCUUCCUUCUGGUUGUGAUGGCUUAUGAUCGCUAUGUGGCCAUCUGUAAACCACUGCACUAUUUGACCAUCAUGAAUCGACGCGUUUGUGUCCUUCUGUUGGUUAUGGCCUGGAUUGGAGGGUUUGUGCACUCUGUGGUUCAAUUUGUUUUUGUGUCUAAUCUCCUUUUCUGUGGCCCCAAUGUCAUUGACCACUUUAUCUGUGACAUGUACCCAUUAUUGGGACUUGCAUGCAGUGACACUUACUUUAUUGGUCUCACUGUGGCUGCCAAUGGUGGAGCAAUCUGAAUGAUCAUUUUUACCCUUCUCCUAGUUUCCUAUGGAUUCAUCCUAAAUUCCCUUAAGACCUACAGUCAGGAAGGGAGGCGUAAAGCCCUGUCCACCUGCAGCUGCCACAUCACUGUGGUUGUCCUUUUUUUUGUUCCCUGUAUUUUCAUUUAUGUUAGACCUGUCUCCAAUUUUCCUAUUGAUAAGUCCAUAAGUGUGGUUUUUACUGUUAUCACUCCAAUGUUGAAUCCUUUAAUAUACACCUUGAGGAAUUUGGAGAUGAAAAAUGCCAUGAAAAAACUCUGGUGUAAAAAGUAA